GAUGGUGAAAUUCAUCCUGAAAUCUGUAGACUAUACAUCCAGUUGCAGUGUUGCUUAGAAAUGUACACAACAGAAAUGCUUAAGUCCAUAUGUCUGCUAGGAUCACUGCAGUUUCAUCGGAAAGGAAAAGAACCUUGUGCCCCACCCAAAAUUCUAGAUACUAAAGUGGAGGAGAGUUCCGAAGUACCUAUUUUAGAAGACACAUCAUCAUCACCAACAGAUAUUCAACAGCAUUUAUGGCAGGUUUCCACAGAUAUUGAAAACACUGAAAGAGAUAUGAGAGAAAUGAAAAACCUUUUAAGUAAACUCAGGGAGACUAUGCCUUUACCACUGAAAAAUCAAGAUGAUAGCAGCCUCCUAAACUUGACUCCGUAUCCAUUGGUAAGAAGACGGAAGCGAAGAUUCUUUGGACUGUGUUGUCUUGUCUCAAGUUAGAAGAUUAAGUACAGAAGCACCAAGAAAAUCAUAACUUUGAUUAAAUGACUAUUAUUUGGCCACUGAAAAGAUGAACAUUGCUACUCUUGAUUAUAAAGUACAUUUUCUACACUAGCCUAUUCCUUUUUCUCUUCUGCUCCAUCCCCCUUUUCAAAAUAAGGGUUUUAAUUGUUGAAAGUUAUGGUGGUCAAAAACCAGCUGUGGAAUAGCUCUAGCAUAACUAAGAAUGUUUUUCAAACUUUUUAAAGUGUGUUUUGCAUGCUUUCUUUCAACCACUCAGAGAAAAGACACAUGAAUUGUGGUUAACAGGUAAUUUUAAAGUUUUUUUUAUUGUUUGAACUGCAGCUAAAAGUUUGUGCAUAGUACAGUACUCUUAUUAGUAUCAUACUAAAUACUUGAUCAUAGUCUAACAGUAUUUAAGCAUAG